GCUGUCGAUGAGGAAGAUGUGCCCCAACUUUGACAGGGAGGACGGCCUUGACACCGUCCUGGAGGUGCCCAUCCCAGAGGAGAUGUUCACCAGCAUGGGUAGCAAUGCCGUGCUGAGAUGGCAGAACCUCCGCGCUCUGAUGAAGGCCCAGUCCUCGUCCUCAUCCCAGCGUCUGUCAUCCGGGUCGAGGAACGAGUUCAUGGCUCUGCUCAAGCUCGUCGGGUCGCCUCUCAUUCCUUUCCAGGUCCAGUCAGAUCAGGCUCUAACCCGACCCCUCAAGGGUUGCACCAUCGAAGCCUCGACCGCGCAGUACAUAAUUCAGCAGUACUUGGCGGCCACAGGAGGGCAAGGGGCAUUGAACGCUGUGCACAGCAUGUACGCGGUGGGGCAGGUGAAGAUGGCGGCGUCUGAGAUGCGGCAGGGCGAUGGCAGCGUACACGCCACCGGGAGUAAUGAGGUCGGCGGGUUCGUGCUGUGGCAGAAGAACCCCGAUCUCUGGUUCCUCGAGCUGGUGGUUGCGGGACUCAAGGUGAGCGCGGGCAGCAACGGCAAAGUCGCUUGGAACCAGUCUUCCUCUCAGCCUUGCCAUGCCAAUCGCGGUCCUCCUAGACCCCUUCGCCGCUUCUUUCAGGGCUUGGACCCAAGAUCGACAGCCAACCUAUUCCUGGAUGCAGUAUGCAUUGGGGAGAAGACGAUCAACGGUGAAGACUGCUUUGCUCUAAAGAUCGAGGCGGCCCAAAAUAUCCUCAAAGCACAGAGCUCGCCAAACACCGAGCUCGCCCAUCACAAGGUGUGGGGCUACUUCAGCCAGAGGACCGGCCUCUUGGUCCACUUCGAGGACACCAAGUUAGUAAGGAUGAAGUCGAAGGGGAACGACAGUGUUUUCUGGGAAACCACAAUGGAGUCGACCAUCGAGGACUACAGAAACGUCGAUGGGAUCAACAUCGCUCACGGUGGGAAGACUUCGGUGACCAUGUUCAGGUAUGGAGCUGCGCAGAAUCACAAGCGGAAGAUCGAGGAGACUUGGAGGAUCGAGGAGGUAGACUUCAACAUAUGUGGGUUGUCCAUGGAUUGCUUACCACCUGCAGAUUUGAAGAGGGAACAAGAAGGUGGAGAUCAGGGAAUGUCAUGA